AAUGGAAAGAAAAACAGAAGAGAUGCCCCUGUUUGUGUUUACGGUGGCAGAGUUCAACAAAUAAUCUUAUCUUUCGUUGAGAAUUGGUGUUGUGUAGUGUCCUUAUUAAAAAUAGAAUGUGCCCAAAACAUCUCUUCACCACUUUCGUGUUUCACGGGAUCACUAGGGCAGCUUACAAGCAGAGCUCAGAUUCUUGGUGCGGAGAAGCUCCUCUUUAAGCUUUGGGGACAGAGCAGGCUACCUAAAUUAUGAGAUCUUCUGAGACAGACCAGUAGCUCAAAAGGGAAAAUUUUCUUUCUCCAUCUCCUGUACUGGCGAAGAAGACUCUGUGGACUGGAGAAUCCAGCCAAGAGUCUGAUUGCUACACUGUGAGAACGCUUUUCCACAAAGAAACAUGUCUCUGCUUGUUAAUACAGUCUUCCUUAUCCUUGUGGGGCAACUUAAUAUGCUACAAGCUUUGCUCCCUAUUACAUCAAAUGACAUGGCCACUGAAGAAACCCCUUCUUUUCUCUGCAAACUGAAGUUUCUUCAAAUCCUUGAUUUGUCUGAUAACCAGCUGAGUGGCCCUAUACCCAGAUGUUUGGGCAACUUCAGUAAUUCCCUUUCAGUGCUGAAAUUACGAGGGAACAACUUCCAUGGAACCAUCCCUUUUGAGUUUCCAAAAGGAAAUAGUUUGAGAACAUUUGACCUCAAUGGCAAUAAACUUACAGGGCAAUUGCCAAAGUCUCUGGUUAAUUGCUUAAAGCUAGAGGUUCUGGAUUUUGGAAACAACCAGAUAGAGGAUACAUUCCCCCAUUGGUUGGGGUCUCUUCCUGAAUUGCAGGUUCUCGUUCUGCGGGCAAAUAAAUUCCAUGGCUCCAUCGGCCGUCCUGAGAUUGAUGCUUCCUUCGCCAAGUUUAGUAUCAUCGACCUCUCCUUCAACAAUUUCACAUCAAAGUUGCCUGCAGAAUACUUUUCAUCUUGGAAAGCCAUGGCCAUCGGAAAUAAGAACAAAUCUGAGGCUAAGUACGUGGGAGAUGGCUACUAUCAAGACUCAGUGACAGUGAUGAACAAAGGACUAGAAAUGAAAUUAGUUAGAAUCUUCACUGUUUUCAAAGCCAUUGAUUUCUCACACAACAGAUUCGAAGGAGAAAUACCAGAGAUUCUUGGGAAUCUUGGGUCACUCAUUGUUCUCAACUUGUCUUCCAAUAGUCUCACAGGUUCAAUUCCACCAUCAUUUGGAAAGCUCACAUCUCUCGAGUCACUGGACCUCUCUGGCAACAAGCUUGCUGGCAGAAUUCCUCCAGAGCUCAGGAGUCUGACAUUUCUUGCAGUCUUGAACCUCUCAAACAACCUUCUUGAGGGGCUUAUACCACAAGGCCUUCAGUUUGAUACAUUUACAAACAACUCUUAUGAGGGGAACUUGGGAUUAUGUGGAUUUCCAUUGUCAAAGCGAUGCGAGGAUGAUGUAGUGGUAGAUCAUUCACCACCAAUGGAGACAGAGGACUCUGGUUCUGAAUUUGACUGGACAGCCAUGUCCAUUGGAUUUGGAUGUGGAUUGGCAAUUGGGGUUGUUACAGGAAUUAUAAUUUUGUGGAAUGAACUUGAAUACUUAGUUAGGACCAUAAGAAUUAAAUAUCYGAUUUCAAGAAAGCAAAGCAUCAACUAGGAUUAGCUUCGUUUACUUUGUCAUUUUAUUGUGCUUGACAGAAGCUGUAGCUGGUUGGAAAGUUGAGAAUGUAAGGAAAAAAAUAAAAUCAGUUUGAUGGGUGGUCUUUCAAAACUCUGUACAACCGAACUUUGUUUGCAUCAGAAAUCUGUAAUUGACAAAACUAGAACCAUACAGUUGCGAUUGGCAAUUGGGGUUGUUACAGGAAUUAUAAUUUUGUGGAAUGAACUUGAAUACUUAGUUAGGACCAUAAGAAUUAAAUAUCCGAUUUCAAGAAAGCAAAGCAUCAACUAGGAUUAGCUUCGUUUACUUUGUCAUUUUAUUGUGCUUGACAGAAGCUGUAGCUGGUUGGAAAGUUGAGAAUGUAAGGAAAAAAAUAAAAUCAGUUUGAUGGGUGGUCUUUCAAAA